CGGCAACAACAUGGAUAACAGCCCACCGCCACCCUCAGCAUUGAACAACUUCCGGAUCUUGUACCUCGUGACGCAGCUGGUUGGCAUCACGAUCAUCAUCCUGGUGAGCUGCUGGAUCGGUAUUCAUCUGAACGGGCUUGGUUGGUCAUCCCGCCCAUCGAUACAGUUCAACUGGCAUCCACUGCUGAUGUCAGUCGGCAUGAUCUUCCUUUACGGAAAUUCCAUUCUGAUCUACCGUGGAUUCCGCUACGCUCGCAAGAAGCCACUCAAGAUUACGCACGCCACCAUACACGGUGCAGCGUUCAUCUUUACCGUGGUGGCAUUGGUGGCCGUGUUCGAUUCGCACAACCUUGCCAAACCGAAUCCGAUCCCGAACAUGUACACGCUACACUCUUGGGUUGGAUUGUCCGCGGUGAUACUGUUUUCGCUGCAGUACGUCUUUGGGUUCGUGGCAUAUCUGUUUCCGGGCGUACGUGAGCAGCUACGAGCAACCUAUAUGCCCGUGCACGUGUUUUUCGGAGUAGCUGGAUUCGUAAUGGCCAUCGCUGCGGCACUGUUGGGGCUGCUGGAAAAAGCCAUAUUCUCGGUACCAAAUUACUCUGCCCUACCACCGCAAGCUGUUCUGAUCAACACGAUCGGUUUGCUGUACAUCGUGUACGGUGGAUUGGUCGUGUUCCUCGUAACCGAACGGCAGUACAAGCGGCAUCCACUACCCGAGGAUGUGAUGCUACUAACGCACAGUGCUAGCGUCGGAUCAUCGUAA